AUGAUGAUACCGAAUGUUUCACAAUUGCCACCAUCAUUGGGUCAACUUGGCCUCAGAGGGGAGAUUACUUUGACCAAACUGAAUGAGCAGAUGGUUGCCGUAAAGUGGUUCCGUAGUUCGAUCUCGCCAAGGAAACGCUUAAAAGAAUUGGAAAUCCUUGGCAAAUUGCAAGGUCAUCGAAGUAUUGUGAACUUACUAGCUGCUGGACCGGAUUAUCAAAAUGGGUUUCUGGAAUUUCUAAUUACGGAAUUCGCCUCCGAGGGUGAUCUGUCUCAUCUGAUCCAUAAACGAAAGUCAGUGGAAUACAAUUUGAGCAACGCAUUCACCUGGAUACUCCAGUUGUCAGAGGCUUUGGCUUAUCUUCAUGAACGCUGUACUUCAGCUCCCAUAAUCCAUCGAGAUGUGAAACCAGCAAAUUGUCUCCUAUUUGGUGGAGGUUCUCGCUUAAAACUCUGUGACUUUGGCUCUUCAGAGUGUUGUGGGUCGCCCAAAACACUGAGCUCGACUCGACGUGGCACUAGAGGGUUUAUGGCGCCAGAGUUUCUUACCGAGAAUCCGGCCUCUAUUACAUACAGUGUAAAGUGUGAUGUCUUUUCGGCUUCAAUGACUUUUUGGGAAAUCUUAUCUCGGCAACACGUCUGUCCCCCGGAUGAGCCAUUUUUUGUCACACUUAUUCAGCAAGUCCACAAGCACCGCCGCCCCAAGCCCCUUCCUGGUUGCCCCAUCUUCCUCCUACGUCUCUUUGACAGGUCGUGGGAUAUCAAACCUGAAAGACGGCCAAGAAUGAGUGAGAUUGCCGAACUUUUUGGAAGCAUUAAGACGCACAUGCUCGAUACUGGCAUUCUUUCUAAGUCCCUAUUCAUUCCAAUCGCGUCACCGGUUGGUUCGUUCGUGGACACAUUUGAAAACCAAUGGGAGCCAGAAGAUGAACAAAUUGAGGAUGCUCCCCAAUCAUAUCGGGUGGAGGACUGUCCCGUAAGUCCCCUUCUCAUAAAAAUACAUAAAUUCAGCACGCUUUCCAAUAAUUCGGGUCUGGUUGUGAAGGUACUCUACAAUUACUAUGCGUCAUCCGUUGCUGAAAAUGGAGUUGACUCCGAGUCCUCCACUGGCUGUGAUGCCAGUCAGUGGCAUCAACUUCAUAAGCAGAGGUAUCGCGAGGUAUGCUUGAGACCACCAGAUGAACAUCCUAACAUCGUUCCCAUCCUCAAGGACCUCUUUGAUCGCGCGCCACCCAUUAACUCCAAUGAUAAAGAAGAAAGUUGGGAGAAUGUGGAGAGAUUCCCACAUGGAUUUGGCGGUCGUCCACGCACCUGGUAUCUCCUUAUGCCAAGGUUUGUAAUGGGUUUAAAUCCAAUUUAUCUUGUUUUCACUGAUAACCGCAAGAAUUGGUUUGACGCUUCCCUGGAAGAUCACGUAAGCGGGAAGUGGGGUUCGGAAACAAAUGUUGCCAUCUGUGAUUCUGCUCCUCCUCCUCCUCCUCCAUUUUCGCAAACAUCUGGUGGUUGCCUCAAGCAGCCACAAUCAAACGAGCUUACUAUUCCGUUCAUCCCGCCCUAUCGCUUUCACGCCCAGGAAACAGUUGGACUGAUGGCUCAAAUAUUCGAGGCCGUUGCCGUAUUGGAGCAUCACCACAUUGCACAUCGUGAUAUCAAGCCGUCAAAUAUUCUUGUCAAAGCUAGACAGUUUCCAGCUGCGAGUAACGUGCUAAAUAGUAUGUGGGAAAGUUGUUCGAUUUUCCUUCUCAACAUCCGUCAUGAGCUAUGCACAUUCAUCCCCACGUGCCUGAAAUGUCCCGGAAUUUGUAUUUCCUUGUCUGCUGCUCAUGUCUUCUUGUUGCCCUGCUUUAUUUCGUCACAAAUUCGUGUGUCUUUCGUGUAUUCGCCUCUAGUUGAUGCAGUAAAAACAGCCAACACGCGUCUGCAUGCCGCGCUGACAGACUUCGGUUGCGCAAUUCGGACCGCUGACUCCGACGACCGUUACAGUCAGGACUCCGUCUCUCACACCGGCAAUACUGUUCUGUUGGCUCCCGAAGUUGCAACGUACUUUGCUUCCAAUAACCACGAACAGCGUCACUUAAUCCCAGACUACUCCCGUGCGGACCUCUGGUCUGCGGCUUCCAUAGCCUACCAGGUUUUCGGGGGGGAAAAUCCUUUUUUGUCAGGUCCCCCAAAGACAGUUUUCUCAAAGCUAAGGAAGAAGGUUGGUGAAAGUCUCCUAAACAGUGAUGAAAUGUGGGCCGCUGCCGAGUCGGAGGCAAUGAAGCUUUCCAAAUUGUGUCAUAAAUUUCAAGGAUCUCUGCGUCGCAAAUUGUAUCACUUUCUGCAACUGACGUGGGCUGCCGACUGGCUCCUAGGGCCAGCAAAUUCCAUGGGACUCCGCAGUUGUUUUUACCAACGAAUCACACCUCAGCGUUUUGCUUAUUGCCUUGUACUCGCCCAGUUUGGUGACGCCGCGAAGUUACUUGAUAGUUUUUAG